AUGCUGCUGGAAGUGCUGGAAACAAAAGUAGCGGACGAUGAGACACGGUAUGCGUUGGAAAAAGAGGUCGAGUACGUCGACUACAACAAGAUCUACGACGAUUUGCUCAAACACUUCGAUGCAGCAUAUCUGCGCUCCCGAACGCUCCAUUUGACGGAAAAGGUGCAGAGGCAGACGCUCUAUCACUACAAGAGACGGGUCAAUGCUUUGAUUGACUAUCUCCGCUUGUUCGAUGACGGAACACAUGACGUUCUUGAUACAGAAACUAUGCCUGUAGACAAAACCAGAAUAGAGAACCUUAUACUAUUUGAUCCAUCUUUGAAAGAUGUGCUUACACCGGUGGUUCAGAUGGCCGACGAGACCGACCCUGCAGAGAUUCAGGUUGGGCAGAGUUACGGCGUAGACCUUGUAGUAGAUGAACUUAUACCAGAACUACCCGAUGAUGAGUUGGACAAUGCCGAAAUGAACCCGCAGGAAGUCGAGCUAUGGGCGCGCCGCAACUUCUCUCACUUGGUGGUGUCGAAGUUCAAGCCCGCAGACAUCAAGGCUCGGGGUGUAAGGGAAGAUUCAGAAGUGUCCUCGAUUCUUCCCAAACGGAAGAAGAAGAAAGAGUAA